GACGCGUGUGCGUUUUUGGCACCGUGUGCCAUGAUAAUAGAAGAUAUCGCGUAUGGCACGUCAAAAGAACACAAGCAGAGUGACAAGGACGAGGAGAGAGAGAGAAAGGGGAGGGGAACUGACAUUAAAGCAACACAACAAGGAAACUACACUGCGGAGCCAGACGCCUUCAUUUCUGUUUUUGAAUAAUAGCCCGAGCACUGACAAAGUGUGGCCGACGUGUGGAGCUUCAAAACCCCAUAGCCUCAAGUGCCCCGGAAAGAAGCUUCUUUUGACCGGGCUGGAUUUAAAGGCGCUCGCCGAUGUCCGCAGAUAUGGGUUCGGAGCGCCCCUGCUCUCCACAGGUGGUGGAGGAUGGAGCAGAAGAGGAUGAGGAAGAGCUGAGUGGAGGAGAUGAGGCAGAUCUGCGCUCCAGUAUGGGCCGAGGGUCCCUGCUCACACGAAGAGGCAUCACCCUCAGGGUCCUGCUCAAAGACGGCCUGGUUGAACCUGGAGAGGGUGUCCUGACUAUUCAUUACCUGGGAAAAAACUUUUCAGGGGACCUCCUGACUGACGGGAAGAUCCGCUGGGUGGAGACAGGACAGACCUUUAACUCUCCAAGUGCGUGGGCCACACACUGUAAACGACUUGUGAAUCCAGCCAAGAAGUCGGGUUGUGGCUGGGCAUCAGUGCGCUACAGAGGACAGAAGCUGGUCCAGUACAAAACCACAUGGCUGCACAAGUACCAGCCCAGUGCUGACAUGAGCCUGGUAAGUGAGGAAGAAGAUGAUGAAGAUGAAGAGGAGGGAAAGACAGCUGUACAGACUGAUGACAAGAACAAAAACAACAAACCUGGAGUACAUGACGUGACGGCCUUGAGGAAGACUGACAGAGAGAGGAUCCCUGUCAGAUAUUGCACCUUAGGCACCAGAGAUGCAACCAGAGAUCCACACACUCUGGUGGAGCUGUCAGCAUUCUCAGCCAUCAACAGGUUCCAGCCUUUCAAUGUAGCUGUGUCCAGUAAUGUCCUGCUGCUAAUGGAUUUCCAUUGUCACUUGACUACCAGUGAGGUGGUGGGAUACCUUGGUGGAAGAUGGGACACAAACACACAAUUGUUGACAGUUUUGAGGGCUUUUCCAUGUAGAACCCGACUGGCAGAUAAAGAAAGUGCUUCCGCUGUGGAGGAGGAGAUUUGUCAAAACCUGUUUAUGCGCGGCCUGUCCUUGGUGGGGUGGUACCACAGUCACCCGCGGGGUCCGGCCCUGCCCUCACUCCAGGACAUCGACUCUCAGAUGGAUCACCAGCUCAGACUACAGGGGUCCAAUAAUGGCUUCCAGCCCUGCCUGGGCAUCAUCUGUGGACCAUAUUACCAUGGUAACCAAGGUGUGGCAUCCACAAUAACCCCAUUCUGGGUUGUACCCCCACCCGAGCAACGUCCCAAUGACUAUGGCAUCCCAGUAGCUGUGGAAGUCACUUAUGUACAGGACAACUUCCUCACCAGUGAUGUCCUGAAUGAAAUGAUGCUGCUUGUUGACUACUAUAGGGCAGCACCUGACCUGGUUCAGUUUAACCAGUUCUGGUGUCCUGAUACGACAAUGAUGGACAAGAUUAAGGGCUCCUUAAGCUGCCAUGCCCCCAAAGACCAGGCUUACUCUCAGAUACUAGAACAUGUCUACAGUCAGCUCAAUCACAACCAAUGAGUGUGUAGUAUGUACAUGAAACACAGUACCAGUGACUUCUAUGAGACUGAUGCCUAAAAGUAUAAAAGUGCAUAAGCUAAAAUUGACUUUACUUGGACCUAUGUGCUGUCUGCGCUCAUAUCCUGCCGUAGGAGCACAUAUUACAUGUUAACGAACAGUAUCACGUUUGAGUGUAGUGACGGCCAUUACUGUGGGUUAUUGUAGCACUAUAGGUAUGGUAGGCAGAGAUGUAUUGUGAGGUGAUGUUAUUCAUUUGGAAACAUGUAAUGUGCAAACUGUAGUGGAUUGUGCCAGUCUUACUGUGCUGCUGCCUGGUCACAUGACAGUCCUGUUUAGGACUAUGGCUUCCUCUUGACCUUUACUGUUAUCUACUCUGGAUGAUGUGAUGAAAUGCCUUAAGACUGCUGUUUGAUGAACCAAUAAGCAUUAAAUAUUUACACUGGAAUUUAA